AUGUCCAUACCUGCUGGCGUAUUGGAUCACGAUGAUCUUACUCAGCGUGGGUUUGGUAUCACUACAAUAGUUCUCGUGGUUGGCAUCUUCAAGAGCAAGAAAGGGCUGCUCGUUCCCUUCAUAGUAGCCCAGACCGUCAUGAUUGGAGUCUUUGUGGCCCUGGUAGUGAUUCUGGUCGUCAAUCUUGCUAACGGAAAUAAUAUAUACUACUUUGACAUCCUGACCUUGUGGGCGAAUGAACUUGGGGGUGACCCGAUUUUCAUCUACAGGGCUGUUUACUGGCCUCUGGUGGCGUUACUGGCUUGUGCUGUUAUACUUGAGCUUGGAUGCCUGCUGUGCGUUGUGUCGCAGUACCAAGAACUGAGGGAUGGGCGUGGCACAGGGCCUCUUCCCAUGACGACGACCACAACUGUCGUCAUGGUGCCGCAAGGUAGUUACGUCAACCAGGGCGGUGAUACCGGUGGGGAGCCGGGCACCACACCAAACACCGAGGAACAAGCCACCACGUCGACAGGCGGUGGCCGUAAGAAGCCGGCCAGGGCUGGGAAGAGUUCCGGCGACGGCCCGUCCGGCGCCAGCCCCCCAAAGCCAGACCAUAGCUCAUCAUCAGAAAGCGAAUCGGAUCACGACUAAAAAUUUACAAUCUAGGAGCACUGAGCAAUAGGCCUUUUGAAAAAGUUCCUGAUUGGGUAGUGGUUGCCUAUCCACCAACCUCGUCCCCAGUGCUUACUUUAUUUCCAACAUCGUUUCCAAUAUAUAUAGCCCUGGCCCUGGAUAGGAAACUUUCUUCCUGUGUCCUGAUUCCA